CUGAAACUUAUACACUCGAAAAAGCGACUAAAUAUAAAUACAUCACAUCUUCAAUUGAACACACAUUCAUUGGUAAAGUUGUAUCCUUAUGUUGAAGAGGAUCAACUAAAAUUGUUCAAUCAGAAUAGGGAGAAAUCAUACAUAGCAUAAUGAUAAUUGUUAUUGAAGGGACUUGAAGCUGUUUUUGGUAAGAAUGGCAAUUUUUAGGACAAGAACAAUUUUGCGGAAUAUAUGUGCAGCUGUAUUGACAAUUCUGGCAUUAGUUUCGCUGCAGACGCUGGGAACGAUCCUGCUUGUUAAAGAUCCGGUCACGAUCGAAAAGAAAUCAAGUGUCGCGAAAUGUAGUCUGGAGGAAGUUUCUCUCCUUCAAUCAGAUGUCAAGAAUGAUUUUCCCACGGUGGCAGACGACAGAAAUGGCAAACCUAGAAUACCACACAUUAUCCACCAAACGUUCAAAAACGAGUCAAUUCCUGUGCAGUUCUCAGACUUUGUGAAAUCCUUUAUUGAAAACCAUUCAAAUUGGACUUAUUAUUUUUGGUCGGAUGCUUCCGCCAGAAAGCUAAUCGAGCGUCGCCAUCCUAAUCUGCUGGAGGUCUGGGACGCUUAUCCUAGAAAUAUACAACGCUCGGAUAUGCUUAGAUAUGUGGUCUUAUACGAAUUUGGUGGUAUCUAUGCCGACCUUGACAUUGAAUCCUUACGCCCGUUAGAUAUGGCGACUCACAAGUUUCCUUGUAUCAUACCAACUGAACCGUUUGAACACUCAGUAUUCCUUUAUGGUAUGCCGUAUCUUAUAAAUAAUGCAUUCAUGAUGUGCAGACGUAAGCAUCCAUUUUUCAAACAAGUUCUACAAAACUUAGUAAAUGUCAAAAACAUAGAAGCCAAAAAAGCUAACGAUGUUAUGUCAACAACAGGACCAUUCUAUCUCACAAACCAGUAUGAUAUUUAUAAUUCAAUAAAUGCCUCAAAUCUACAAGAGAAAUCUGACAAUAGCAGUAAUUCCCCUUACUUCUUUCAAGGCCAUUUACCUGAAGUACACAAUGACGCCGUUUAUGUUCCAAACACGAGGUAUUUUACAGACGAAAUCGACAUCAUCCAAGAAAAUGUGAUAAGAAAUAAAUGCAAAGAGAAGUAUCUUAAACAAAACUGUGAUAAAAUUCUAAUACGGCGAGGAUGUAGGGAGGUCGCAACAAAGGGAAUCAGAAGAAACAGUCACAGAUACCGCUUUGUUCGACAUGCUUGGCAUCACACAUGGACUUCCGGGAACACUGCUUCAUUAAGAACAAACCAGUUUGUAAAUUUAUCAACACUAUUCGAGCACCAGAUUUUAUCAUAUACAUAACUUAAUAGAAGCAUCCGGAAACAUAGUGUACUUAGGAAAACUACUAGAGUUAUCAACAAUAUUCGAGCUUAAGCUUAAUGAUAAUAUGCGCUACUUAAAGCUGCACUCUCACAGAUUGAAGUUCAAAAAUUGAUGUUCCAUGCAUUUUUCUUAAACCGUUAGUAACGGUAUAAGCCAUAAACCAUGAAAAUAUAAAAAUCUACGAUCAGAUUUUUUGUCAGCAAUCUUAUAUCAUUGGUUUGAAGAUAUUUCCGCAAAAAGUUGCUCUUUCUAAGACAACAAAAAAAGGUUAAAAUCGCCAAGCUUCAAUGUUAACCUCGAUUGAAAUCCUUCAUAUGUCAACGACAGUUUCCCAUGUGGGUUGUAAAGACCUUACUGUGAAAUAUUGUUUUUGUUGUUUGGAAAUGACCAGUUUGUUAAUGUCAUAUUGGUUGUCGAGCAAUAGCUUAAACCACGCGGUAUGUGCAUAACUUACUGUGAACUCAGGAAACAUCGAUCAAUAUUCCAGUCACGAUUAAUUCCAAUUUGGCAUAUGCGUUGUAUUCAUAAGAUCAUCCAGAAUUUAGAUUAGAUAUUUCACCUAUGUUCUAGUCACAGUUUGUUCCUUUGUUGCGUGUGCUUUGUAUCCGUAAGGAACAAACUGCUUGAGAUAUUUCAUUAGCAUUUAAGCCACAGAUACUUCCCAUGUGGCAUGUUCAUCCAUGUAUUAGCUGCGGCAUUUAGGACAAACUGGGCUGAUUGUUCAAGUUUUGGACAUAAAGUCUUUAAAUAUUCACCAUUUUUUCAUCAUCAGUUUUGAACUAAUCAUUCUGAAAAAUAAAUAGCAAGAAAGCUUACCAAUACCAUAUUAAGUAAUACAUACAAAAUGUAAGUUCAAUAUACAUUUAAUGAUCAUAUAUCAUGUGAUAUGCCGCUAUUGCGUAACUUGCUGCAUAGUAUUGUGUGUGUCUCUUGUUUGUGGUCUGUUUGAUUUUGAUCAAUAAUAAUGUCUAGAUUAGCCGACUCACAAAUCAGCAAGUCCUGUGACAGCCCCGUUAACCUUUAUGUUACAUUGUGUUGCUUUUUUACCACAUAUAAUUCUUGUAUCAUUAAAAAGCUAUUUGCCUCUUGAAAACAGAAACGCAACACUCAUAUAUUUUCAUCUUUGAAGGCCAAAAGGAAACAAUGUUGUUUGAUCUAUUGUAAACAAAAAGGUUUACUUUAAGUAAGUCUUUUGCUGCGAGACUACUCGUUUUAUUUUCCAUUGUGUUAUUAGAUAUCAGAUAUCAUCUUAUUGUAUAUCCUUAAAAGUGUUCGCAAUCAUGUUUUCUAGCUGUUGAUCAGUCUCUGAAUUAAUAAAUUAAAAGGCAUGCCUAUCUUUUCAUCUUGUUUAUGAAAUUUUAAAUAUAUUGUUCAAGUACAAACCCUUCGAGAGUUCAAUUAUCGGAUUUUUGUUUUAAAUACGUCGUCUUUUUUCAUUUUAUAUAUGUAUGGUGUACACAUCAGCUGCCGUGCAAAAAUAUUUUUUUAUCACUUUGACAAUCAAAGGAAAGAAAAGUCUUAUUUUAGAUAUGUUUAUCAAUUCAACUUUUCAGAUGUAUAAUGUAUUUUUAAUUGUAAAUGUUUUUACCCGUAUGUCUGUAAAAUGAGCAUAUAAUGUUUUGAUGUUGACUAUGUGAAUACAAUAAACCAAAUUGUUUUUACGUGUUAAAGCUAUUUAUCACUUACUGUAUUAUGUGUGUAGAUAAGGAAAGCAGCGUACCUGCAGACGAAACCAUAUUGACUUCAUUUGGUGGCGUAAUUUCAAAUGUGACCGAGAAUCGAAAUACGUUAAAUAGCAAUAUGCGAAUUAAGUUGCGUUAUCUCAUCAAUUACCUUAAACAACGAUAAGAACUAGAAACCCAUUAGUCCCUUACAGACGAACUUUAGUAUAGCUGUUCAGCUUAUAAAUUAGGUAACGUUUGGCUAUGUUGCCGAGACGUGAACAACCCGAAAGUCAACGAAAGAUUCAUUGCUUUUAGCCGAGGACACCACGAAACCACAAUCACUUGAACAACUUCUAUAUACCGCUGACCAUUGGCUAGGUCUACCACAACAACAAGACUUUUGAAACUGACCUGAACCUUCAGUAUAUAACACCUCAUGUGCAGAACAUAAUGCGACUGAUUGACAAGUUAUCUACAACAUCCGUAAUGUUUAUUAUGCCUUAACGAAACUAAAUGAGUUUUCAUAUUUUCAUAUCAAAAUUGCCCAAGUCAAGACAAUAAUCAUCACAAAUUAUUUUAAGGGGAAUCGAAUUGUAGAAAUCAAUGAAAAUCGAUGCAUUUGAUAGGUUUUGAUCAUAAUGCGAUAAAUACAACUUUAAUAUAAAGUGUGGGUUAAUCAUUUUUAUGUAGGAACCACGUUGAAAAUAAUACUUGCUUCUACGACAUACGUUAAUGAAAUGUUGCUGGAUAUUUCGGAAAUAUUUUAUUCUGACAUCACGAGUGUUUUUCAAUCUUCUCAAAAUGACCAAUGUAAUAAAACCAAAAAUUUAGAGGCAGGUGACCUAAAGUUUUGCAUGUUUUAUAUUUAGAGGGUACAUAUAGCAAAAAACUACUAUGACAUAACUAUGAAAUGUAGCAUUUAUAACAUAUCAAAAAAUCUCGGAGGGCAUUAAAUAAAGAAAGAUGGAAACAGCAAUUUUGAAUUUUACCAAGUACGAACCAAAUUGUAAAACAUUCAAUAAAGGGUACAGCUAGAGCAAAUGUUACUCUGCCUACAUACAGUUUACAAUCAUAUAUAUUUGAGCAUUUCAAAUGAUGUCCUGUGUCGGACGUCAACAUAGUGUUUAUAUUGAGUAGCUGUCACCAGCAAAAUAGACUGUUCUAAACAUUUGUUUAUUAGUUAUUUAGAUGUUAUAUAAAAGUUAUCCUUAGUUCAUGUAAUCCUUUUUUUCGACAGCUUUGAUGCAUUUCUUUAUGAAAAUAUAUUGUGUAUAUUAAUAUAAUAAUAUAAUACAUAUCCCUGUUGGUGGAUAAGAGAAACCGGUUGUUUGUUUCCAGCCAUAUUUAUGUGAAAAACAACAGAAACAAGCUCAGUAGCCAAAAGUUUACAAAUAAACCUCGUUUAAUGGCCGAGGGGAAACGCAAAAUACAUAGAACACACAAACAAAAAAUCAUAAACAAGAAACAUGGGACAACAGUAUAAAACUCAACAAACAACACAGUGCAUAUAUACUUUAUAAAAAAAGGUAUGUUUAUCAAGUAUUGUUGGGUACCGCCUUGGAACGGUCAGUAAAAUGAAAAUUUACUGAGGGUUUAAACCGGUUUACGUGCACAAACCUCACUCUUAUCCCAACAAUCCUGAAUAAAGAAAAAUCCUAAAAGAUAAAUCUUAUCAAAGUAUGCAUUAACCUGAGGAAACUUAAUAAUAAAACAAAUAAUAAUAAUAGGUAAACAUGUCUUCAAUUUGUUGGUGAGUGAAGUUUCCGAUCAACCAAAAUGAUCGCAGCCUCUGUCAGGCUCAAGUCAUAAAUAAUAAUAAGGCCAAAAAAAAUAAUUCUAGGUAGGGUAGGUAGGGAUUUUUAAAAAAAUAAAUCAAAAUCUGUCGUAAGUGCAGAGUGUUUCUUGCACAGGGCAGUCUUUCCUACAUAACUGUCAUUGCCUGACUUUGUUUUAUCAUAUUAACAAUAAUUCUGAUUAAAAUCUGCAUUUAUCCGCCCUUCGUAACUCUCUUUUCGCGAACGAAUUUUUUUUUUUUGCUCAGAAACGGGAAAAAAAAAUAGUUAGGGUCGGCGCAUUUUUAUAGGUAGGGUCGGGUUACCCGAAACGGACAUAUUUUUUUCAGGCCUAAUAAAAAGAUUGCCUGUACCAAAAUGAACGCACAAACAGUAUAAGCUCUUCAACUUUUGUCGCUAUAUAACUUUCGCAAUUUUAACUUAAUAUCAUAAACUUUAUCAUCCCUACUUAAAUGUAUAGGCAUUGUUAAACUUAUGCUUAAUAGGGUAUAUCGUAAAGGCUGAGGGAAUAGAUGAAAGAUAAUAAUUUAUAGACGUUCAUACUCAUCGACAUUGGGACCAAGGCCUUUCUUGGCCUCUACGCAGAAAUGUGCAAUCACUGCAAUGUAUGACUACUCUCUUAACGGACGAGAUUAUUAUGUGUAAUAUAUUUAAGAUGUUUUCUUGACAACUAUUUGGAUGAUUCAUUACUCAUUGAAUGCAGGGACCUCUCAGUAAACGUUUGUCUUUGUAUUGUAUUUUUACCACCACCUCCCCACCUCCUCCAUUUUUAUUUUUAUUUCUAAUUUUAUGGACGCUCUUUCCAAGGUCUACCUUGUUUUCUUUUCUCCGUUUCUUUCACUCACCGCCUCGUACCUUAAGAUAUACCAAUUGUUGUUGUACUUGUUUUGUUUUUCUGGGCUUUGUAUUUUCCAUUGCCUUAUACCUACUGUUCUUCCGAAUGUGUUCACCCAACUUUGUUAAUUUUGAGAUUUCAUGUUGUUUUUGUAAUUGUAUGUUUUUAUUUUCUGACCAAACUUUGUUAAUUUUGAGAUUUCUUGUUGUUUUUGUAAUUGUAUGUUUUUAUUUUCUGACCAAACUUUGUUAAUUUUGAGAUUUCUUGUUGUUUUUGUAAUUGUAUGUUUUUAUUUUCUGACCAAACUUUGUUAAUUUUGAGAUUUCUUGUUGUUUUU